UUGCCUUCUUCUCCAAGUAAUCAUUAGGUUUCUCACUGUCAAAAUUGGAAUGCAAUUUGAGCAAUAAUAUGAUCACCAUGUCCUAUAAAUACCUCUAUUUCUCACAAAACUAUAUGUAUCCAAGUCCUACUAAAUCAAAUAAUCAAUCCUACAAAAUAUAUUAAUCAGUUUGAUCCAAUGGCUCUAAUUAAUCUAAACAAGCUUGUCUUAAUUGCAGUUCUAUCUAUUACUCUCUUUGCUACACUGUGCUUGUCGAGGUCAUUACAUGAAGAUAAUUCCAUGGAGGUUAGGCAUGAAAUGUGGAUGAAUCAGUAUAGCCGUGUCUACAGAGACGAUGCAGAGAAAGAGAAGCGGUUUCAAAUAUUCAAGGAGAAUGUUGAAUUUAUUGAAUCUUUUAAUAAAGCUGCGAAUAAGCCUUACAAGGUGGGCAUCAAUGCAUUUUCAGACCUCACUAAUGAGGAAUUCCGUGGCUCAAGGAAUGGAUACAAGAUGUCGUCUCAUCAAACCUCGCCGGUGAUAAAUUUCCGGUAUGAAAAUGUUACCGCGAUUCCGGACAGUGUUGAUUGGAGAACCAAAGGCGUGGUCACCCCAAUCAAAGAUCAAGGCCAAUGCGGAUGCUGUUGGGCAUUUUCUGCAGUAGCAGCAAUGGAGGGCAUCACAAAACUUUCAACUGGCGAUCUGAUCUCUCUUUCAGAACAAGAUUUGGUCGAUUGCGAUACAAGCGGAAUAGACCAAGGCUGUGAGGGCGGUUUAAUGGAUGAUGCCUUUGAAUUCAUUGUUUCAAACAAUGGUCUUCCUACUGAAGCAAAUUACCCUUAUCAAGGAGUUGACGGAACUUGCAACACACAAAAGUCGGAAAAUCAUGCAGCCAAGAUCACCGGAUACGAAGAUGUACCCGCCAACGAUGAAGGGGCGCUGCAGAAAGCAGUGGCAAACCAACCUAUCUCUGUUGCAAUUGAUGCCGGUGAACAAGCAUUCCAACAUUAUGAAAGUGGAGUAUUUACAGGAGAAUGCGGAACUGAUUUAGACCACGGUGUUACAGCAGUAGGGUAUGGAACAAGCGAUGAUGGCACAAAGUAUUGGUUAGUCAAGAACUCAUGGGGUACUAGCUGGGGCGAAGAUGGUUACAUACGAAUGGAAAGAGACGUCGAUGCUAGCGAAGGCCUAUGUGGCAUUGCCAUGCAACCUUCUUAUCCAACUGCAUAAGCUUUUCUUGUGUUUCUUAAUAUUAAAUGUACCUUAAAUACGCUCUUUCUUUUCACUUUGUACGCUUGUGUAUUUCUGUUCAUAUAUAUAUGAAGUUUCUGCUUUCACAU